AUGGCCUCUCCAUCGCAGUCGCAGGCUUUGGCCAAGAGGCCAGAUGGUCAGCUUAUGCCACCCCCACCUCCUCCAAAUCGCAUCAAACGCCCCGCAACCGUCCUAGACGAAGAUGUCUACACAACCGCCCUCUCCCAUAUCAUUGCCCGCGACUUCUUCCCUGGUUUGCUCGAGACCCGAUCCAAACAAGAAUACCUCGAUGCGCUCGAAUCAAAAGAUAAAGAAUGGAUCAAGAGUUCCAAAAAGAAACUUGCGGAUGUCAUGCGUACUCCCACACCGGGCUUGAACGCACGGAGAAAGACCGAUACCGCAUCCGUGGCGGGCACCCCGCAACACAUACCAGGUCGAUCAGAUGAGACCCCUCGGGGAUGGAGGGGUGAUACACCCAUGUCCGUGGUUUCUACCUCGACUGCUGCCACAACCAUAACAAAAAAUGAGCAGGACCUUAUCGAUGCGUCGAACAUGAGCCUUAUUGCCUUCCAAGCAAAAUAUACCAGUGAUGAUAACGAGUCAUUCAACAAGGUCCUCGACAAACAUAAUAUCAAGCGCCGUGAAAAGAAUGGCUGGCUUUGGAACAAUAACAAGAUCCCAUCGGCGCGACAGAUUGCUCAUCACAACCGCGAAGUGAAGCGCAUCACCGCGCAGGGUGGGAAUCCGGAAACCAGCCUGAUCAAGAUAAAUGGGGAGGGUGAUGAUGAUGACGACCGCCCCGCUAUUAAAACAGACCUAGACGCUCGUCCAGCAAGACCCGAUCAUUGGAAGUCUCGCCCGGAUAACGGACUCAUGUUCCUCCCGUCGUCUGUCGAGGAUACUCAUGAAACGAUCCAGCAAAAGGCCGAAGCAGCGUCCCGCGCCGGUCCCAAGCGGACUCUAUAUCAAAACACCAGACUCCUCGACGCCGACGCUGCAGCUGCAGCCGAUGCCGCAAAUCAAAUUCCCGCCUCGCCUUCCAUCUCUGCUAUCCAAGAUGCCAUUGCAGGCCGCCCGCGUCUCAGCCAGUCAGAGGCAUCUGCUGUACCGGGAGGAGAAACACCACGAGUUAACGGAUAUGCCUUUGUCGACGAAGACGAACCGGAAUAUGAGGCCCCUGCGCCCGGGUCCCUAGAAGCUGAUUGGCGUCUUCUUGGCGCAAGUGAUGCAACACCAAACCCGUUCCAGCUUCGUGAAACUGGCAAGCGUGAAGCUCUCCAUCACCGUAUGGUGGAUCGUGUCGCCCGCAAUAAGCGCGCUGAAAAGGCUACCCGUGUUACCAAGACACCUGUGAAUAACACACCCCGGUUCACUAGCGGUCCGCGUCUCGAUGCAUUAACCCCCACACCGAGGUCUGGUGGAAAGAUGUUGACGUCUGCGGGGCAGAGCUUGUUGUCGCGAGUGGGGAGCACCCCGCGAUCUUCUGGAGGGUCGACUGGGUUGAAGAAUAUGUGGACUCCUACACCGCGACGGAAGUAA